AUACUGUCCGUUAUCUGCAACUGACAAGUAGUUAUCUCAAGUUUAUGCGACCAGCGUCUCCUGCACGCCGCGAUUAGGCGUUGGAAACCAAGGCGUCUUUGAAGCCAUUUUUCGUCCGCCGGAUUGGCUUCGAGCUUCCACUCAGUGUUUCCUGACGUUGUAUGGUGUCACCGCUGUGUGACAGCUGCGUUUGGUGACAUUUGAUUUCGCUCUUUUGCUCUCGGACGAAGAAUAAGAAAAUGAUACGAUACUGAGAAUUCGUGGUCCUAAUCUAUGGUGAACUAGUCCUUCUAGUUCGUCGUACCUAAUCAAACGCAAGUGUGCGAUUUUUCUUCUCCUUCUUUUCUUCUUAUGGCGAUAAAAGUACUUUGCAGUAAAGUACCCCCAAAAAGUACUUGAGGUCCAGCACAAAAUACACGUUCAAGAUUGUACUUGAAGUAAAGAACAAGUACUGAGAAAUGUAGUUAAAGUAGUACUUAAGUACUUGGUACUUUAAGUAAUACCCAUCACUGCUUCUAGAGCACGCUUUUAACAAACUCUCCGUCUGGGCGCUUCAGCGUAGAGUAUUCAAGCGUAGAGCAUUCAAGCAUCACCACAACGGGAUCUUCGAAGAGGUAGACUAGAGGGAACGCAAGCGCCACGGAGCUGCCGCAAAAGAUUCGUCGUUUGCGAGACGAGAUUGGUGUUCCGUCGUCUCGUUACUUCUCGGUGCACAUUGCGUGCUACCCUUCUCCACUCCGUACCCCGUCUCACCCGCCUACCCUUCCUCUCCAUUCCUCUCUCUCGCUCUGGGAGGCAUGGCCGCUGUCGUCUCCUUUACAUGUACGGAGAGGUGAACUGUUGUGUUUGCUCUGUCUGUUUCCUGUCCUGCGUCCGCAACUGAGUCCGUUGCUGUCAUUUCACCUGACGAUGGCGAAUCGCAACACCAAAGUCGUUAUCGUCGAGAUAACGAUGGCAUCCCCUGUCUCGUCGCACAGCUGAUCGUAAGCGAGUGGUGACUUGGGCGGCCCGCGGCGACCCUAUCUUCAGUCGUUCGCUCUAGACGAUUUCAUGUUGAUGGAAAAUUGUAUGUAUGCAUAUUUAUUGUUUACUUAUACGUCAAAGACUCCAUAAGGCAUUACAUAACGGGGAAGCACUCACAAAAGGCUGAACAUUAAUUUCGCACACGGGAAAAAUUGAAAGAGGAGAUAGCGUGGUUGCAGUGAAGUAAUAUCAUAGUUGAUCAGUUACCAGGUGUUACGAAGGAAGUCGUGUGGCAUAGUGGCACUUUGAUCUUGUGGAUAUGGCUGUAACGUCGGGAUACCGUCUGGAUUUGCAAAACGGAGCUCUCUACUGGAUAUGCUGUUAUAUAUUUUGUGAAGAAGCGACAGCCCAGCGACAUGGCGCCUGUCAAAACGUUCUAUACCAAGUAUGUGCCUCCACCCACAUUCGAAGCACAUCAAAACAGUCUCUUGCGUCAAAACAGUUGUCAUUUAGGAGCCUCCACUGAUAAUUCAUAUGCUGUGAGUAAACAGGGUACGUAGAUUUGAUCCACUCUACUGAACUGUCAAUACGAUGUGUCAUGCUAUGUGUUGCUUUAUAGUGUGUAAUGCUAAGGCUGAGACAUACACUGAAGGCAGGAACACAAACAGGCUAUCUGUAUUUCAAUGCAAAAGUGAAGACCUUGUUGUACUUAUUAUAUCUCCAUACAGAUAAUAAGUACUUACAAAUGUCAGCACACACUAGUAGACAGGUCCCAAUAGUUAUUAUACUCUAGGGAAUUUUUGUAAAUUUUGUUAUAUUUUGCAACAUCAACAACCGCAACAAACUUGCAGGCGAGUCAAUCGAACGACAGAUGUGGCAUGACUUGUAUUAAAGGAAAAUGAUAUUGUGUCAAAUAAAGAAUAAUGUAAUGAUUGGAUAUUUGUAAUAAAGAGACAGAAAUUGUAAUCGAGCAGCAUCGCUUUGGGUGAGACUGACUUUGAAGGCUGGCUGUCGCUGCAUCGAGCUCUUCUUCCGAGUGGGCAUAGAGGACCUACAGUCAGGAAACAAGUGUGUGUUGUUCAUACUUGACACAUAUAUUUCAAUCGAAACUGUCAAAUUAAUUCUCUAUGUCUUAAGCUGGGUUGCACUACUGCAGAUUAGACCUCCGUAAACUUGAGAGUGCAGUGCCAUGGACUGUGCAGGCAAUGGCUCAUUUGUAUGUGCUCCUAAUUGAAUGAAAAUUCUAACAUUUAAAUUUUACUAGUGACACUUUUGGAAUGUAUGUUUUACGUAUCGGAACCUUCAGUGAAAAAUAUUUAAAGAAAACUAUGUUGGCAAUUGGUGAUUUUUUCAAGUUAUCGGUUAGUUACAGUUUACACAUUUUUUGUACAGAGCAGUGUCCAAAGCUUCAGCUCACUUGACGUAUCCAUGGCAUGUUCAUUUGUCUGUCACACAAACAGGGGUGACAAAGGAUAAGACAGCGUUCACACAGGCCGACGUUCUGCACCAACUGCACAUUCAUGACCGACUCAAAUUGGAGGGAAUCUGUCACCGAACGAAACCUUCAGAAAUUGGUUGUGCAUUGGCAAGUCAGCGAGAGGAGCAUUGUCACAUGACUUAUGCCCUCACUUCGAAUGGUGAUGCAAUUUUAUUUGUGUCAUAGUGCCGAACUACUAUUAUUAGAUUGCAUUGGUUACGAAUUGUGCAGGUGUAGCUGAAAAAUAAUAGUUCUUAAAAGGUCAAAGCCGCAGAGGCAUCCCAGUUGGCAUUUCUUAAGAGAAUGUUGUUCUCUUGGUGGAAUAAGAUGAUGUGAGAUUGUUUGUCUGCGGAGCUGCCUAGUUGGUACUUGUGUAUACGCAGAUGGCACCGCCUCGAAGUGGGUCUGUUGGUCUCUGUGAACACUGCUUAAGGAACAGCCACAAGGCAUACUUUGGAAUCCUUCUCUACCUGACUUGUAAACAGCAAUGGCUAUGAUGUCAUUCCGCAGUUUCUUCAAUACAUUCAAGAAUGAUGAGGGGAGCACAGAAGCGUUUCUAGCAUCUGUCACUACAACACUUACUCCAGACAUGUUUAGGAAGUUGGUCAACGUCGACAACACGGAGCUAUGCCUGGAAAUAUGGGACACUUCUGGAGAAGAGCGGUUCUGCAGUCCACUUGUGAGCACGUUCUACCGGAAGGCGGACGCGGCGAUUGUCAUGUACGAUGUUACACGUCCUUCCAGCUUGAGGGAAGUAUACUUUUGGGCAGACCAGGCCAGAACCAUGUCUGGGAACGAGAAUCUGAUGCUCACCUUGGUCGGCAAUAAAGUUGAUCAGAUGCCAUCCAGGAGGAUUACGCGAGGAGAGGGAACAGUGGUGGCAAAUAAACUUGGUAUGGACUUCUAUGAGGCAUCAUCUCGUGACAAGCUCUCCGUGGAUCACGUCUUUCUCAGCAUUGCAAGAAAGUAUGCUGCUGCAAAGCGUGCAGGCGUCUUCCACGCGAUGGAGACGGAGACGGAGGCAGAGCAAGCCUUGAAGCUGUCCACAUCGAAGAGCGGGAAAGUUCGCCCGCGUAAGAAAUGUUGCUGACAGUGAUACACUCCGAAACCUCAUCUUGUAUUAUAUCUCCAUACGCUCAUGACCCAUAGAGAAGACCCGGAUACGUCGUACAGCAGUGAUCCUCCUAUCAAUCAAUAAACCAUAUUCAUGUUAAAUUUC